GUAAACAGCCAUGGCCGCCCUGCGCAGGCUGACUGCUCCUUUAUUCAUCAGCGCCUCCAGGACGCGUGCGGCGGCCGGACAAGCGUCCGCCAAAGCGCUGAAAGUGGUCGCGGCGGGAGCGUGCGUGGCCGGUGCGGCGUCUUAUUACUGCUUGUUUGUCGGCAGCCGCCCGAGCCGCUUCCAGGCUCCGUUUGUGCAUCAUCUGUCGCUGCCAUCGGUUUCUGCCACCGAAAAGGACAAGCCCUAUGAUCUGGACGACAGAGACGGGUACAUGUCAUUCUACGAAAACAGAUUCCGCCUCUUCAGUUCGGUGGAGUACGAAGGCCGGCUCUACAUGACGCCACUCAACUUCAUCGAGUCUGUGAUUCUGAACAAGCCGAAGAGUAAAAGAAUGUGGAAGUCCCUGACUAAAAAGGAAUUAGAGAAAAUGCUUGCUGAUACCCCGCCUGUUUGGAAAGGAUCAUCACAUUUGUUUAGAAAUCUCCAAGAACGAGGUGUCAUCAGUUACACAGAGUAUCUCUUCCUGCUCUGCAUUUUAACAAAGCCACAUGCAGCCUUCAGGAUUGCUUUCAACAUGUUUGAUGCAGAUGGAAAUGAAAUGGUGGAUAAAAGGGAAUUCAUGGUGCUCGAAGAAAUUUUCCGCAAGAAGAAGGACAGAAAAGAAGUCACGGAAGAUGAGCAACGAUUUGUGCAGCAGAGCCUGCAGCUGUACAGCCAUCACAAACCUCAGGUGCACAGCAUAUAUGUCCAUAAUAAACACAGUGAGCAUGCAGAGGCCCGUGGCAUGUGGGAUGUUCUCAGACGUGACACAAGUCAAAUUCUGCUUUCUGAUCUCAGUGAGCUUGUGGAUGAAAUGACAAUGGACACGACUCUCCUGGUGCACUUCUUUGGAAAAAAAGGAAAGGCCGAGUUGAAAUUUGAAGAUUUUUACAAGUUCAUGGAUAACCUACAGACAGAGGUCCUUGAGAUUGAGUUCCUCUCCUACUCCAAAGGCAUGCCCACCAUCAGUGAGGAAGACUUCGCUCGGAUCCUCCUUCGGUACACUGAUGUCAACGAUGUUGUUGGGUACUUGGAGAAUGUGCGCCAUGGCAUAUCGACUGAAAAGGGAAUCACUUUUGAGGAGUUUAGGUCAUUUUUCCAGUUCUUAAACAACCUGGAGGAUUUUACCAUCGCCAUGCAAAUGUACAACUUUGCCAACCGUUCCAUUGGUCAAGAUGAGUUCACCCAUGCAGUCUACGUGGCCACAGGUGUGAAACUGACCGGCCAUUUGGUAAACACAGUCUUCAAGAUCUUCGACGAGGACCACGACGACAAGCUCAGCUACAAGGAGUUCAUUGGUGUCGUGAAGGAUCGGUUACACCGGAGCGAGGGGGGAACCAGAGUGGAGAAGUUCACCUCCUUUAAGUCCUGCAUGAAGAAGGAGCUGUCAGGGAAAUAGGUCACUUCAGCAGCAGUGUGCGGUUAAACGUAGAGGGACGCUACCGCCUCUGAGAACAUCUGAUGCAUGUUGCAGCAUCUUAUUGCAGCACAUUAAAGUUUUUUUAAGCAAACAGGAUGUGGUGCAAAAAGGGAUGUGUUCAUCUUAAAUGGUCACAUUAACAGUGUUGUGUCACACCGUAAGUUGCAGUUUAUUUGACUUUAAUUCACUUUAUUGCUCUGCGUAUCUGCAUUGUUCAGUCUGACUCAGUCUGUCUGAUCGUCUCUGCACACGAGGCCUUGCUUUGAUAUUUCAGCUGCAUACACGGAUGUCCUCCUCCUCCUCCUCCCUGCAAACAGCUACAGCUCAGAUCCUGAAGAAGCCAUCACAUCCAGCAGGCCUGUGGCUUCGACACUUUAACGACAGACAGCUAACGGUGUUAAUCAUUUGUCACCGCAGAGCAGCAUCCGCGCCGUGCACUCAAGCAGAGGUUGACCUCUUUAUAAAUAUACAGAAUAUUGAAGCCAUAUGUUUGUUUUACUCUUCAGGAAUCCGUAACAUCACCUUAAAAUGAGAAGCUGUGCUCUACAUAUUUAGAAAAACUCUUUGUUACAGAAAUCCUGAUGUGUAGUGUGUGGUUGAGAAAUACGUUCCUGGUGCAAUAUUUACUUUGGGUGGAGUUACAUUUUGAACAGGCUGCUGAUAUGUAGAUUUUGUGUGUUAUUAACCAGACCAGUGUGUUUUCAGCCUACGUCUGUGUCGCUUUUGUGCUGGCUGCGAUGCAACGUGAAUAUUUA